UAAUAAUACCAACCUAAACCAUGGGCUAUCCAACAACUCCAUCAAUUUCCUAAACCAUCUUUUAUAAGAGCUCUCCAAAAAGACUUAACUUUUAGGCAAAAACACCUCCAUUUCAUUUCUCAUAAAUCCCAAUUUGAACUAAAUUUCUUCAAUCAUGAUAGGCAAUAGAUCUAAGCCGGUGAUCGGAAAACUCACCGGUGCAGCUUUUUCCGGUAGCCGGACGAUGGAUGGUGCUACCAGCCCAAGAAGUCCACUUGAUUUCAAGUUUCCAUCACCAAGAGGCUUAAAAAGCUUUGAUUUCGGUGGAGUUGGAUUAGCUAUAGUAGCUGCACUAGAAAAGUCUGGUGGUAAAAACGGCGAAAUUCCGGCGAACAAAGCCGUUUACAACCGGAAUUCAAAGAGAUCCCUUCCAAUUCCGGUGAUUUUGCCGUCGAAAAAUUCAGCUAGAUUUAGACCAGAAAUUGAGGAAACAGAGAUGGAUAGUUUUGAAGAAUAUACAAUAGUUACUUGCCGUGCACCAGGUAAUAAACCGUACACAAAAGUAUACGGUGAUAGAAGUAAACGGGAAAACAGAAAAUGUAAUCGUCCAAGCGUUUUUAACAUAUCUCCGGCGAAAAUUGGAAGUUUUCCGGCCGAACAAGAUUCUGAUUUUCUCAGUUCAUGUCACUUGUGUCAAAAAAAGUUACAUGGCAAAGACAUAUAUAUGUAUAGGGGCGAGAAAGCAUUUUGUAGCACAGAGUGUCGGUACAGGCAAAUAGUGAUGGAUGAUCAGAAAGAAAAGUGUAGUUCAAGAUCUGUUGAUGUUGCUACUUCACCUUAUGGGAAUGGACAAAUCUUUUCCACUGGAAUUCUCGCUGUUUAAUCGAUAAAUUAAUAUUAGUAUAUAUAGAACGUUCGUAAAUACAUCUAUAUAUACUCGGGAAUACUUAUAAACAUUAUGAGAAAAAGUUCUGUAACCUUUUUUUUUUUUUUUUUUUUUUGUAUUUUCCCCCAAUUUUGAUUUGGAUGUAGAAAUGGAAAAGCUUACAUGUAGUAGUUGAAAGUUUUGAACUA